AUGGUGGAAGGGCCUGGCUGUACCCUAAAUGGAGAGAAAAUUCGCGCUCGGGUCCUCCCGGGUCAAGCAGUGACGGAGGUGCGGGGAAGCGCUCUGCAAAGCCUGGCCCGGCCGGUGGUGCCUCUCCCAGCGUCCGCGAUGGUGUCUUCUGCCCAGGAUGCUCCACUGAAUACUAAUCAAGAUUCUAAACAGGAUUUCCUGAGACUGUUUCAUGGAUGUUAUUACAGUGGUGUGGAGACUUUGGGGAAGGAACUCUUUAUGUACUUUGGACCAAAAGCUUUAAGGAUUCAUUUUGGGAUGAAUGGCUCCAUCAUGAUUAAUCCUUGUGGCUCUAAAAAUAAGAGCAGAAAUUUUCCUGUUUUAGAGUUGCAGCUUACCAAAGACUUGAUUUGUUUCUCUGAUUCAUCAAUAGAACUCAGAAACUCAGCAGAAAGCCAACAGAGAAUAAGAAUGAUGGAAGAAUUAGAUGUCUGUUCACCUAAAUUUAGUUUAUCUAGAGCAGAAAGUGAAGUUAAGAAACAAAAAAGCCGGAUGCUGUGUGACACACUGAUGGAUCAGAAAGUGUUACCUGGGGUAGGAAACAUCAUCAAAAAUGAAGCUCUUUUUGACUGCGGACUCCACCCUGCUGUUAAAGUUUGUCAGUUAACAGAUGAGCAGGCUCGUCAUCUUGUGAAAAUGACACGUGAUUUCAGCAUUCUUUUUUACAGGUGCAAUAAAAGUGGAUCUGCCAUCUCCAAACAUUAUAAAGUUUAUAAGCGUUCUAACUGUGCUCGAUGUUGUAGCAAAAUAACUGUGUGUCGUUUAGGGGAGAAUAACAGAAUGACAUAUUUCUGUCCUCACUGCCAAAAAGAAAAUCCCCAAGAUGUUGACAUACGAAAGCUACCAAGCAGGAGCACUGGAUUCAGUGAGCGAUCUAGCGGAGAGGGUCACCUUCUGGAUUCUGUGGCAAGGAGGUCUGAGGAACAUUGGACAUGUGUGGCCUGCACACUAAUCAAUACACCUUCCUCUCUAGCAUGUGCUGCUUGCCUGACACCACGUCCUAUUGAUUCUAUACUCAAGAAUGAAGAAAACUCUAUUCCUUUUAACAACUUGGUAAAGUACCCUUGUAAUAACUUUGGAAAGCCAAGUACAGAAGUGAAAAUCAACAGGAAAACUGUAUUUGGAACUACAACCCUAGUCUUGUCUGAUUUUAGCAAUAAAUCAUAUACACUGGAAAGAAAAAAGAGCCAAAACUACUUACUCAAUGUAGAAUUUCAAUCUCCUUCUUGUAUGGAUGCUGCUUUUAGUGAUGUGUCAUUCACCUCUGAGGAGAGAACAGGUUCUAGAAGUCAACUAUAUCACAAAGUAAAUGUAUCACCAACGGUCUGCUCUGGGUCUAAAUUGUUUAACCCAGUGUAUAAAAAAAUGAAAACAACCCACGACUCAUCACCAGAUCUCACAAGCCAGAAACCUGGACUUUGUAAAAGUGAACUUCAAAGAAAUGUGACAGAUGGUUCUCCAGCAUUAAGUGCUGCCACUCCUCGCUGCAGUAAACAUAACCGUCUCUGUGUGCUCCGAGUUGUGCGGAAGGAUGGAGAGAACAGAGGCAGGCAGUUUUAUGCAUGUCCUUUACCCAGAGAGGCACAAUGUGGAUUUUUUAAAUGGGCAGAUUUGUCCUUCCCGUUGUGCAGCCAUGGCAAACGAUCCAUCAUGAGAACAGUGCUAAAGAUUGGACCUAACAAUGGAAGGAAUUUCUUUGUAUGCCCCUUUGGAAAGGAAAAACAAUGUAAUUUCUUCCAGUGGGCUGAAAAUGGGCCAGGUAUCAAAAUUAUUCCAGGAUGCUAA